AUGGCUCCCUCAGGGACUAACGCGUCUACAGAGGACAAAAUCAAAGAUCUCCUCGAGGACCUUGACCUCCAGAAACUCAUCUAUGAAGAUCUCCUGGAGAGGCGCCCGGGCGGGUCCGAAGAGUCCGCGGAAGUGCUCGAAACCAUCCAAAAUCUAGAAUCCCAGGUUGCGCAGCUGCUGGGUGAGGCAGCUCCUUCUGCACCGACAAAUGUCUCUUCUCCUGCUCCUGCGCUUCCCACUCCUACGCCUGCACCGGCGCGGGAACCUCCUGGCCUAACACCAAACCACCCCCAGCAAUUGUCUACGUCUGUCCCUUACUGGCCUUCUUCUGCCCCAUCGCCCUUUGCUGCUCAGCCGGAUCGACCAGAUCCAAUGUCGUACCCGGCGUUGCCUUCAGAGAGCUCCCGCAAACGCCCGCGCCAGGACUCAGACGGCUCAAGACCCCAUCACGGGUCGUCCAAAAAAUCCACCUUUGUGACUUCUCAAUCUCGAUUCUCGGCAAUAGAGGCCGAGCUGGAAGCGCGACUGGCCGAGAACCGAGUUUUGUAUGACGAUAUGAGAGACCCGGAACUUGUCCGAAUUUCAGCACAAGCCGAAGGAGUACCAGCAUCCAAAAUCCUGGAUGAUAUCCAGCGAGAGCAGGAUGACAAUGAGUGGCUGAUCCAGUCAGAGUUUCAGGUGGAGCGCGACGCCGAAGUGGCUCGCAUGCUCCAGGCACAGGAGGAUGAAUUUGAGACUGCGCCGCGCGAUAUCAUGCCACAUCCAAGCUUUGCUCUUCCCGAUAGAACCCAACCCUCAAAUGGCUCCGGUCCGUCAGACUCUUACAAAUCCUCGCGCUUCUUGCCUCCCCCUCCUGGUCUCUUCAUAUCAUCCCCGCCCGAUGCCUUUCAGCGUGACUCUGAUGAUGACAUUCAAGAAAUCCCCGCCUCUUACUUCAAUUCUCGAAUCAAUGGAUCGCCGGCGCCCCGGAGACCUCUUCCAUGGCUUCCAGGUGCGUGGCCGGGUCCGAAUCUCCCGGGUAUCCCACGCCCAGGUAUGCCGGGCCCAGCUCCAGAGUUGAAGGCCUUUGACCUUGUGCGCGAACAGCAAAUGCUUGAUGCAGAUGAGAAUGACCUCGUGCUCUACGAGGAAAAAGAUUUCCCAGACGACAUCAAAAACUUACUCACAGGUAUUAAGAACAUCCGCGAUGCUACUCAAACAGACAAUCAAGACACGCCCAGGGAGCUCAAGGUCAUGCUGAUGAAACAUCAAAAAAUCGGUCUCACGUGGUUGAAAGCCAAGGAAGAGAGCAGCCAUAAGGGCGGGAUCCUCGCAGAUGACAUGGGUCUCGGGAAGACCAUCCAAGCGAUUGCUCUGAUGGUUGCACGGCCAUAUACAGACCCCGAGCGGCGGCCGUCCUUGAUCAUUGCGCCGAAGGCUCUGAUGGAUCAAUGGAGGCUGGAAAUCCACCGGCAUAUCAAGCCUGGGCGACAUCAGCUUUCGGUUUUCGUCUUCCAUGAAAAACAGCGUCGCGUGACCUGGAGGGAACUUAGAAACUACGACGUGGUGCUCACUACCUUCGGGACUCUAACUGUCAGCUACAAACUGUUGCUUCAAGCAGAAAAGUUCGAGGAAGAGGGACGGGACGCCAGUCUCGUCCGAUCAUUUCAAGAAAAAUCCACCCUCUUUACGUCCUCAAGCAAAUGGCAUCGGGUUAUUGUUGAUGAGGCCCAAAAUAUCAAAAACCCCAUGGCCAAGGCAACCAAGGCAUGCUGCCGUCUCAACGCCACCUACCGUUGGUGCUUGACUGGAACGCCUAUGAUGAACCGCCUCGAGGACUUCCAGUCUCUUCUGGGGUUCCUUCGCAUCCGCCCUUACAACAUUAAGGACAAGUUCAAGCGUGACUUCCUCAGACCUAUAAAGUCCGGAUUCGGGGAAGAGAAAACAAUGGAGCAGCUGCGUAUUCUAGUGAAGUCUGUUUGUCUCCGACGCACGAAGGCGUCCAAAAUUGACGGGCAGCCGAUCCUGCAACUGCCGCCCAAGGUCACAGAGAAGAUCCACGUCGUGUUCAAUGAAACCGAAAACGAGAUGUACCAGGCGCUCAGUUCGAAGACUCAACAGCAAGUCACCCGCUACCUCAAUGCCGGAACCUUGGGUAGGAACUAUAGUCAUGUCUUGGUCCUUCUUCUUCGCCUGCGCCAAGCAUGCUGCCAUCCCCUUCUCAUGCCGGGUUUCAGGGCUGAUGCCCCCACAUCCGUCGAUGGGGUGGAUCUGGUCGCCAAUGCGAAACUCCUUAGCGCGGUGGUGGUAGACCGCAUCAAAAACAACCCCCAUGAAUGUCCGAUCUGUCUGGACAGUGUUGAAAAUGCCAUCAUCUACAUUCCCUGCGGACAUUCGGUUUGUUCGGAGUGCUUCACGAGCAUCUCGGAACCUACCACUGCGGCCAUAGGACCCGAUGGCGAGAGGGUGAUCAAAUGUCAGAACUGCCGCGGGCCUGUCGACCCCCUCAAGAUCACCGACGCCCAUUCCUUCAAAAAGGUUCACGACGCGGACUCCCUGCCUCCCACCGAGGACGCAGAGGAAGAAGAGGACGAGCCCGAGGAAACCACUGAUUCGGACAAUUCGGAGCCCGACAGCGACGAUAGUAGCGGUCAGCCCAAGCGGAAGUCCUUGGCCGCGCUGCGGCAGGCUGCUCAAAAGAACAAGCGCCAGAAACGGCGCUAUCUCCGGCGCCUCGAGAAGGCGUGGGUGCCCAGUGCCAAGAUCGAUAAAGCCAUGGAGAUCCUGCAGGCCAACGAAGAUCGCGGCCAGGACGAGAAGACGAUCGUGUUUAGCCAGUUCACGUCACUCCUAGAUCUGCUGGAGGUGCCUAUCAUCCGCCGUGGCUGGAAGUGUGCCCGUUUCGACGGAACCAUGAAUGUCAGCGAGCGCAACGCUGCCGUUACGAACUUCACCCACGACCCUGGCUGCAAAAUCAUGCUGGUCUCUCUCAAGGCCGGUAACGCGGGCCUGAACCUUGUUGCUGCAUCGCACAUUAUCAUGUUUGACCCCUUCUGGAACCCCUAUAUCGAGGACCAGGCUGUCGACCGCGCCCACCGCAUCGGCCAGAUUCGUGACGUCUUUGUGCACCGCCUGCUUAUCGAGAAUACCGUCGAGGACCGCAUCGUCACCCUUCAGGAAAAGAAACGCGAGCUGAUCGGUGGUGCCCUCGACGAGGGCGGCGCUAUGAAUGUCUCCCGUUUGGAUACCCGGGAGCUGGCCUAUCUCUUUGGUGUACGCGCCUAA